ACGGAAUGAUGGCUGCUACCUUCCUGCUAGUAUCAGUCGAUAAUGAUACUGCUGUGAAUUAGCUCCCGGAUUUUGUGGAUAUCUAUCAUAUUGCAAGGAAUUACCGUAAUUCUACCCUGGGAUUGUGAUAACUUGCCACCUACGCUAUGGCAUCGGAGGCUUCUGUGGAAGCAGAAACAUCGAAGAAGGAUAUUCUAGCUAAAAACAUGCCCGCGACAGGCACGGCCAAGAUGAAGUUUGGGGUCCUCAUCGGCCUGAUUGAGGUGGGGGAGAUCGAGAACCGUGAUAUAGUGGACACCGUGCUAGAUCUGUUGGUUGGUGGCAACUUUGACCUGGAGUCUAAUUUUAUCAUCCAGGAGCCGGACAACAUUGGUCACUUAGUAGACAUGCUGGAACACUGCUCGGUCACUCUUCAGGUGAGUCAUGCAUGCUGACCACUGUGCUUUGAGACAUGGUCAAACAAGUUACGGUCAUUGUCAUGAAGAUAUGUGUAUGUGUGUGAGUGUGUUUGAUAGGAGGAUGGGAAAUUACAUUAUGUGUCUGGCCAACUCGGCACCUGGACAAAAUAUUUUUUUCAGCCACAAUGGAAAUAUGAAGUUUGUCAUCUCCUAUGAUAUGACUUGAGUU